GCAAGAUGCAACCAAGUGUUUCAGUCUCUUCUUCAUUCAAAUUUGGCACCUCGUUUGCUGUUUUCUUCGCCACCAUGCCUGCCGGAGGAUUCUCCACCGCCGCUGGCGGCGUCGAGUUUGAGGCCAAAAUCACUCCCAUCGUCAUUAUUUCUUGUGUUAUGGCCGCCACUGGCGGCCUCAUGUUCGGUUACGACGUCGGUGUUUCCGGUGGAGUAACAUCGAUGCCAUCGUUUUUAAAAAAAUUCUUCCCGGUGGUUCACCGGAGAAUCGAAGAGGGCGGCGAUAGUAACUAUUGCAAAUACGAUAACCAAGGCCUUCAACUAUUCACAUCGUCCUUAUAUCUCGCUGGAUUAACCGCCACCUUCUUCGCCUCUUACACCACACGACGGCUCGGGCGACGGCCAACCAUGUUAAUCGCCGGCUUGUUUUUCAUAAUCGGUACCGUCCUCAACGCCGCUGCACAAAACAUCGAAAUGCUCAUUAUUGGUAGAAUCUUGCUUGGUUGUGGUGUCGGUUUCGCCAAUCAGGCAGUGCCAUUAUUUCUAUCGGAGAUUGCACCAACCAGAAUACGUGGCGGACUUAAUAUAUUAUUCCAACUCAACGUCACCAUUGGCAUACUUUUCGCCAGCCUCAUCAACUACGGAACUGCCAAAAUUAAAGAUGGAUGGGGAUGGAGGCUAUCCUUAGGGCUGGCCGGAGUCCCGGCCGGUCUACUUACAAUCGGAGCUCUUUUAGUAGUGGAAACGCCGAACAGUUUGAUAGAACGGGGUCGUUUUGAAGAAGGAAAAGCCACUCUGAAAAGAAUUAGAGGAACCGAAAAUAUCGAACCGGAGUUUUUGGAGCUGGUCGAAGCGAGCCGGAUCGCUAAGGAAGUAAAACACCCGUUUCGAAACCUACUCAGGCGGCGGAAUCGGCCGCAGAUCAUCAUCGCCGUCGCACUACAAAUCUUCCAGCAACUCACCGGAAUCAACGCGAUUAUGUUCUACGCGCCGGUUUUGUUCAGCACUUUGGGGUUUAAAAACGACGCCGCUCUGUACUCCGCCGUCAUCACCGGAGCUGUUAACGUUGCUUCCACCGUCGUCUCGAUUUACUCUGUUGAUAAACUUGGCCGCCGGAUUCUCUUGCUUGAAGCCGGAGUUCAGAUGUUUAUUUCUCAGGUGGUGAUCGCAGUGAUUUUAGGAAUCAAAGUGAAGGACGAUACGAACAAUCUCCACAACGCGCUGGCCAUCGUCGUGGUGGUAAUGGUCUGCACAUUCGUCGCGUCCUUCGCCUGGUCGUGGGGGCCUCUGGGAUGGCUAAUUCCGAGCGAAACGUUCCCUUUGGAGACACGAUCGGCGGGGCAGAGCAUCACCGUGUGCGUCAAUCUCCUGUUCACCUUCGCCAUCGCUCAAGCCUUUCUCUCCAUGCUCUGCCACUUCAAGUUCGGGAUCUUCCUGUUCUUCUCCGGCUGGGUUCUCGUCAUGUCCGUGUUCGUUCUGUUUCUGCUGCCGGAGACCAAGAAUGUUCCGAUCGAAGAGAUGACGGAUAGGGUGUGGAAGCAGCACUGGCUGUGGAAGAGGUUUAUGGACGACGACGGUGAGGAUCGCCGUCGUUAUGCGGAGGAGACUGUGAAAGCUGUUGGGGUUAAUGGGCGGGGCGCGGCGGUGAAGAAUGGGCAGAGUAAUGGGAAUGGGUUCGAUUCUGUUACGUAUCAGUUGUAAAUUGGGAUUUUGGUUUUUUAUUAGUUAGUUUGGGCGGGGGAAAGGGUAUGAAUAUUGUUGUUAUUUUUAAUUAUUUUUGUUUCCCUUUUAUUUAUAUUAUUGUUAUGGGAAACAGAAAAUAGAGUUUAAUUAAC